AUGGCGCCUAUUGAUGCUCUACGAAAUGAUCCAGAUGCUGGUAGCAAAUGGACUGAGGAGCACACCAAACGACUUGAGAUUAUCAAGAAGGUCUUGUUAUCUGAAGCUUUACUGACUGCACCAGACAUGAAUAAGAAAUUUUAUCUUGAAUGUGAUGCUAGCUUAUAUGCAGUUGCAGUCAUUUUGACGCAGCGCGACGAUCAAGGACGCACAGUCUAUGUGGCGAUGUUGAGCAAAUCUCUGACCAAAUCCCAACAGAACUGGCCUGUCCUGAGACGAGAACUGUAUGCCGUGUUAUUCGGUUUAGUUCGUUUACGACCCUUAUUGUACGGGCACCCUGAGAUUGAGGUUAUGACAGAUCAUCGAGCUCUGAUUUAUAUCUACACAUGUAAAUGUCCUACUAGAGUCAUUCAAAAUUACAUGGAGAUUUUAAACGAGUAUCCCCAACUGCAAUUCACUCAUAUCAAGGGCUUAGACAACAUCUUACCUGACAAACUUAGUCGCUUGUAUGAACCUUUAGAAGAUCAUACAGAGCUGGCGGGAGACAGUGAUAAGAAAAUUGCUAAAUUACAAAAGAAUAUCAUGAGAAGCAAAGGCUCCAAGAAACGAUUCAUUGGCAACAAUAAGCAAACAAAGCAUUAUCUAACCAAGAACAAAGUAGUCUAUAAUAAAGACAAGCACUUGAAUGUACUUGCUAUGAAGAUCAAGGAGGGCAAUUAUGAAAGCGUUGCUUACAUUGCACCACCUGACAAUGAGAGAGACCAACUGCUUCGUGAAACUCAUGAAUUUGGACACUUUGGUGCCGCUAGUAUUGUCAAGAAACUACAUGAAGAAGGUAUUCAUUGGACAGGUCUAUAUGAUGAUGCAAAGGCAAUUUGUCAAUCAUGUAUGGAAUGUGCAAGACACAAUGUAGUUCAAAAGGGUUAUCAUGAACUGAGAAACGUUGUAGCGUAUGGUCCAUUUGAUCACAUAGGCAUUGACUUUCUUGGUCCGUUAACUCCAACCAACAAUGGCAAUAUAUAUAUAUUAGUUGUAUACGACAUUUGCACCAGAUUUAUUAUAACUCGUGCAUUGCCCAACAAACAAACCGAUACUGUCGCUAGAGCUCUGACUACCAUCUUUGGAGACUUUGGCGUAGUACAAAUACUACAAUCUGAUAAUGGACGUGAAUUCAAGAGUGCUUUGAUGAGCGAGAUCGGUAAAGCACUUGGCAUCAAUCAAAGAUACUCUACGGCUUUCCACGCUAGGGGCAAUGGUGCAUCCGAAUCAGGUGUUAAAAAUAUUCUUAAUGCACUUCGUAAGAUGGUCAGUGAACACAUCUAUGACUGGGACUCGGUUCUACCUGGAACUCAACUGGCUAUAAACACAAAAAUUAGGUAUCGCACUGAGAGUGCACCUUUUCAAUUGAUGUUUGCUAGACCAUUGAAUAGAUUCGUAGACUACGAUGAUCCUAAGAUCAAGGACAACUUACCAAAGAAACCUAUGACUCUCGGUGAGCUACGCAAGAAGGCAGAGAUUAUGAACCAGGUUGUCUUUCCAGCUAUUAACCAAAGAACACAACGCAUUAUUGAAGAGCAAGCAACGCGAUUCAAUAAGCAUCACAAGAUUACACACUUCAAAGUUGGUGAUUGGGUUAUGGUAAGACUUCCGCAUAGAGAAAGCAAACUUGAGGCCGCUUAUGAUGGACCUUAUCAAGUUGUUCAAAAGAAAAGAUCUACAUAUGUGUUGAAAGACGAUAUGAAUGAACUACUACAUCGCGACUAUGUGCCAUCUGAAUUGAAGCUGGUAGCAAUCGACGAGUCUAUCAUCGAACAAGAAGUAUAUGAGGUUGACGAGAUCAGAGCGCAUCGUGGUCCUGAACACAAUAGAGAGUAUUUGGUAAAAUGGAAGACAUUUGGAGAAGCUGCCAACUCCUGGGAAACUGCUGCAUCGUUCAACAACCCUCAAACCAUUCGUAAGUACUGGGCAAAGAUCAAGGAAUAUGAGCUGCUUGAGAAGAGAAGACAGGCACUAAAUAGUGACACUGCUUCCUCCAAAUCAAAGCGUAAGCGUGAUAAUUCUGACAAGCGUUUGAGAGGCUCUAAGAGACUCAACGUUGCAGAACAGUAA